CUCUUUCUGCGCAUACGCACACUGGAGGAGACUGAGCGCUGACGAGCUAGCUUCUCGUACCGUUUGGUCAGUUUGGCUCUGAGCUUUUUGCUGACUCCUGUUUACAGUUUUCCGUCUAACAGCUGUUUGUUUCUACCGAGCGGGAUCAAGGCGAUCGAGGCGUGAAGGAAUAUGCCCAAAAAUAAAGGUAAGGGAGGUAAAAAUCGGCGACGUGGAAAGAACGAGAAUGAGUCCGAGAAGAGAGAGCUGGUGUUCAAAGAGGACGGACAGGAAUACGCUCAGGUGAUCAAAAUGUUGGGGAACGGACGUCUGGAGGCCAUGUGCUUCGACGGAACCAAGCGGCUCUGCCACAUCAGAGGAAAACUCCGGAAAAAGGUUUGGAUCAACACGUCAGACAUCAUCCUGGUCGGACUGAGAGAUUACCAGGAUAACAAAGCCGACGUCAUCCUCAAGUACAACGCAGACGAGGCUCGCAGUUUGAAAGCGUACGGAGAGCUGCCGGAGCACGCCAAAAUCAACGAGACAGACACCUUCGGGCCUGGAGACGACGAUGAGAUCCAGUUUGAUGACAUUGGCGACGAUGAUGAGGACAUUGAUGAUAUCUAAAGACCUGCUGCUGGAGGGGGAAGGUGGGCUUUUACUAGAGAUGCUCUGAUUGGGAUGAAUCGAGCCGAUGCAGCGCACCGAUGAUAAUUAUUUUUAUUAAGAUCAGCCUAUGCCAGUCCAAUACACUUUAUUAAUACAUGGUAUGUUUAUUCCAGUCUGUAGGCCGUCAGUAGACGUCUUUAAGUGCAUUUCACAGCCACUACCAGUACUUUGAGUUGUUGUCUUCAUGAAUGAGACUGUCUGAGCUGCAGGCGCUUCGUUGCUUUUCCUGCCUUGGAUUGGAGAACCAGAGUAGGCUGAUCAUCAGAACCGUGGUUCAGGUUUUUACCUCCUAACACGACAGAACGGCACAUCUGCCAUCUCAUCCAUCGAGGCUUUCUUCUUCUUUUUUUUUUAUUCCUUUACUGUCCAGGACUCACUGUUUUGUAAACACCGUGACUGCAAAAUCUCUCACUCCAAAUCUUUUAAAAAAUGUAUUUAUAUAAUUUCACUCUGUGGGAUUUAGACACAACUGCAGAAUCUCUGGAUUCGCCAAUAAAAACGUGAACCAUGUUCCUCCGGUCUGUAUCAUUGUAAGGCAGUCUGAAAGCUGUUUAAUAGGAGACAACACUGACUCUGGAUCUGUUUCCAUUUGUCCACGUCCUGUCCCACCAUCACACCGACUGUUUGCUCGUUUUGGAUGGAACCACAGCUGAUUGAAGGCUCCCCUCCUCUACCCCUCAAAUCAGAAGAAGAAUCAGAUGUAUUUUUCUAUCGUUUCCCGUGUUUGUGUUUCUGUCUGUUUUUGUUUCCAUGUUCUGUUUUGAAUCUUCGCUGCUCUUCUUUCUGUGGCUUCAGUCGGACCAGCGGUUCCCAGACCUUUUCCCCUCCCGGUGAAACCAGUAAAACCUCACAGCAGAGCCGUCUAUCUCGUCCCAAACUCUAGCAGAUCUCCGUAGAAUAUAUGUUUUCCCUCCCUGACCGUUUGGGAACCGCUGCUCCGGACCACGCAGGUCCUGUCGCUGUAACUCUGAAUUAAUUAAAAAAAUAAAAUGUACUAUGAUGUUUGAAGGCUGGGUUUCCAAUAAAGAUCUUAACUCCA